UCGAAAACGUUUUUUCAUAGUACACUUGCAUUUGCAGAGGUAGAGGAACACUGGUUUGUCUUGUUGGAAUCCAAAGAUGUCAAUCUUCGAGUACAAUGGAAGUGCCAUAGUCGCCAUGGUUGGCAAGAACUGCUUCGCCAUUGCCAGUGAUCGCAGACUCGGCGUUCAGCUCCAAACCGUAGCCACCGAUUUCCAAAGGAUCUUCAAAGUUCACGACAAGCUCUUCAUCGCUCUCUCUGGUCUCGCCACCGAUGCUCAGACACUGUACCAGCGUCUCGUUUUCCGACACAAGCUUUAUCAGCUUCGUGAAGAGAGGGAUAUGAAACCAGAGACCUUUGCAAGCUUGGUCUCUGCUCUUCUUUACGAGAAAAGGUUUGGUCCAUACUUUUGCCAGCCUGUAAUUGCCGGAUUAGGGGAUGAAGACAAACCAUUCAUUUGCACAAUGGAUUGCAUUGGAGCAAAGGAGCUUGCAAAAGAUUUUGUUGUUGCUGGCAGUGCAUCUGAGUCUCUAUACGGUGCUUGUGAGGCAAUGUUUAAGCCUGACAUGGAACCAGAGGAAUUGUUUGAGACCAUCUCCCAAGCACUGCUAUCAUCAGUAGAUCGUGACUGUUUAAGUGGCUGGGGCGGGCAUGUCUAUGUCGUCACGCCAACUGAAGUGAAGGAAAGGAUUUUGAAGGGAAGAAUGGAUUAACUUUUAAGCCACCUGGUCAUGCAUCUCACACCACUUUGUUUUCUUUCUAGUUCAGGGCUUUGUAUUUUGGGAUCGAAUGUUUAGUUCAAAUUUACCACCCAUUGUUGGGUACUUUGUUACUGCAGAACUUCAAUUAAACGUAUCCUCAAAAUUAUUUACAAACAGGUUCACUUGUUCUGUAUUUCUAUUUCUGUUAUAAGUGAAAGGAGAGCCUGGAGUCUUGCAUGCUGUGAA